AUGUCACAGCUUAAGUUCUGUUCCCGACGAUCCCCCGUGGUUUGCUGUAAUGCCUGUGUUGCGUCAAGCCAGUCUCUUGCCACGAAUAUUGGCCUUGAUAUUUUAAAGAUGGGCGGCAAUGCUGUAGACGCUGCUGUGGCUGUCGCCGCCGCUUUAAAUGUUACAGAACCUUUCAGUACAGGGCUGGGUGGAGAUUGUUUCUGCCUGUACUAUGAUGCAAGGACAAAGCAGGUGCGUGGUCUCAAUGGAAGUGGACGGUCUCCACAAUCCCUCACCCUGGAGCUGCUAAAAGAAGAUGGCUUUGAUGAAGCGAAUCCUUUGCCUUUACGACAUGCAUGUAACAUCACAGUCCCUGGUGCUGCUGCUGCAUGGUGUGAUGCUGUCACGUUGUAUGGAAGCAAACAGCUUUCCAUGGGGCAAAUUUUGCAACCAGCAAUAGAAAUGGCUGAGAAGGGCUUUCCAGUGUCUGAAAUUACUUCUUACCAGUGGAAGCAAGAUGCUUAUGUCCUUCAGUCACCUGGAAAUCAACAUGGAAAGGACCUCUUGAUCAAUGGUGAAGCACCAGAGCAUGGCCAAGUCUUCCAAAAUCCUCUUUUGGCAAACACUUUUAAGGAGUUAGCAAAAUCUGGCAAAAGAGGCUUUUACGAAGGCCAUGUGGCUAAAGCAAUCGUGGAUGUUAUUCAGAAUAAUGGUGGAGUAAUGGAUUUAGGAGGCCUGAAAAGUCAUGUCACUGAAGAAGUUGAGCCUAUUGUCACAAAUUACAAGGGCAUGAAUAUUUGGGAAAUUCCUCCAAAUGGACAAGGAAUCACAACUUUAUUAGCCUUGAAUAUUUUAGAAAAUUACAAUAUGAAAGAUCUGGACCAUAAUUCUACUCGUUAUUUGCACAUUUUAAUUGAAGCAUUCAAGCUGAGCUUUGCUGAUAGUUUUUGGUUUUGUGCUGAUCCAGAAAAAGAAACAAUACCUAUAGCACAGCUCCUUUCUAAAUCUUAUGCCAGAGACCGUUCAAAGUUAAUCAAUUUACAUAGAGCAACUGCCCAAUAUAGUCACGGAAAUCCCUCCUCAGUGGGCAGUGACACCGUUUAUUUUAGCGUGGUGGAUGCUAAAGGCAAUGCCUGCUCUUUCAUUAACAGCCUGUACAAAGGAUUUGGUGCAGGGCUGGUGCCAGAUGGCUGUGGAUUUACCUUGCAAAACAGAGGAGCCAGUUUUUCACUACAGCAUGAUCAUCCAAACUGCCUGGGCCCUCGGAAGCGGCCCUAUCAUACAAUUAUACCAGCUCUGGCCACUGCAGCUGAUACAGGAGAACUGUUGUGCUGCUUUGGAGUUAUGGGAGGAUUCAUGCAACCACAAGCUCAGGUUCAAGUACUACUGAAUAUGUUUGAAUUUGGAAAGAAUCCACAAGAGGCUUUGGAUGCAUCUCGUUUUUAUUUGGAAUAUAGCAAAAAAGAUGCGUGGCAGGUGUUCUUGGAAGAUGGCAUUCCUCAAAACAUAACAGAUGAUUUGAGAGCCAUGGGCCAUAAUGUCAUGGAACCUGUACUUGGCUAUGCCAGGAGCAUGUUUGGACGUGGUCAAAUUAUCACCAAAGGAGAAUGGUGGAGACAAAAACCUGUCUCUUCUUCCUACAGUGUACUUUGGGCUGGAUCUGAUCCUCGAGCUGAUGGUUGUGCAUUGGGAUACUAG